AUCAUGUAUUCUAUCCUCAAAUCACGUGAUGAACUGGUGUAUGAACGAGGUCUAUCUUACGUGGGAGUCACAGGUGCGGAUAAGCUGGACAGACUCCUGGCCGGACCGCAUUAGGUUCGGUUUAAAACUCCGGCUAGAACCUUAUGGUUUGACUGCCAGUCUGAAGCUAACAAAUAAAAUGAGUCUCAGAAAGAGCAAACUUGACUUGCUCGUCCGCGUUCGGUACUCGAAUCCACUCCCCGCUCCUCCAUGUCCCCCCAAACUGCUUGAUAUCCCUACAAAUCCCUUACGCUAUGCGCAACCAGCCUUCAUCAAUGCCAUCACAAACGACACUCCUCUUCCUAUGAUUGUUGACGCCGAGUGCGGUAUGCCCCUGGACCUUGGACGGUGGGAGUGUCUAUGGGAAGAGAAUGGCGAUGAUGCCACACUCAAUCCUGACCUGGAAAACCUGCCUCCCCUCGACCCGAAGGACCGCUUCCUUCUCGGUGACCCCUCAGCGUCCGCAGCACCCUACACCAAUGGUGCAAUACCCGCGGCAUCAGGGACAUCGACACCUCUCCCUCCACACGUACCCUGGCUCCGAAAAACAGAGUACCUCAGCCGCGAAGGCGUGCAGCGCACUCCAUCAUCACAAGAAUCGAAACAACCCUUGCAACCUAUUGAUGUCUCACACGAGGCCCAACUCCGUACAAUCGAGGCCGGCUUCACCGCUUGCGCUUCCCUCGACCUGGCCACCCUGUCUCAUCCCAACAAGACUGGGGUUACCGCUGUUGAGUCCUACGAGGUGCUCCCAGACGCAGACAUAUGGGCGAAUGCAUAUGACUUGUUCCGCUUUAGCGAGCGGCCAGGCGAACGACCUGUAGACACAGAGGACCCAAGGCUGGACUGUGCAAUCCUGCGUCCGAUGGAAAGCGAUGGGGAUCACUUCCUGGCAUAUUAUCUAACGAAAGAGGACGCUGAUGCCGUAGAGUUUAAAGAGGAGCGAUUAGCACCGAAAAGCGGCGAAGAGAACAAAGCAACGGCAUUCCACUUCGUACGAGACUAUGAGACUGUCAAAAUCGAACAAGAAGUGCCCAAUGAAUUUUACUUGUUCUUGACAAUGGAGACACGGGCGAGCGCAAGCGAUACCUAUGCAGACAAGUGGCAAGUUGUACACAUUUCGCACGUGGCCAUGAGCAGCGAGGAAAUCGAGGAGCGCAAUGAGGCUCUUGCGGAGGUUGUCGAUCCGCUGUACCUUUUCUCGCGCGACGCGGAGGGUGAAGUGGAUGCAGAUGGUGAAGUGGAUGUUGCGGGGAUAGGGAUAGGUGCAGAGGGUGGUGCAGAGGGAGAUGGGGGAAUUAUGGCUGAAAUAUUCUAGUUUGUGUGUACUGUGUAAACUAUAUUUGUUGUUAUACAGUCGAUUGCUGUUGCGGAGGAGGCAGAUUCAAAGGC